AUGAUAGAUGAAAACUCCAAAUUGUCAAAAGUGCAAAAACUUAACUACCUCAAGACAAACCUAAGCGGAGAGACGUUUCACUUGGUGCAACAUAUUCAAGUAACCGAGGCGAAUUAUGAGGCAGCAUGGGAAUUACUGGAAAAAAGAUGUGGUAACAGGAGGAUUUUAUUCACGAAAUUAGUGGAUAGAAUACUGGAUCAUCAAAAUAUCAACAGUCAGUCAGCAGCAAGCAUAAGAAAUUUACUGGACAAUGUUAACGAAAGUAUUCAGGCGUUGAAAGCAAUGGAGUUUCCCCUAGAGCAAGCGAAUCCUAUUCUAGCCGGAAUAAUUAUACGGAAACUGGAUAAGGAUGGACUUAUUCUUUAUGAGCAAAAUAUAAAGAAGUCAAAGGACAUCCAAAAACUGGAGGAUGUGAUGGACUUCCUGGAGCAGCAAUAUCAAGCCUUGGAAGCUUCAGUAGGAAAAACACAUAGCAUAGGGAUGUACAAGCUCCAAGAGAAAUCAGCAGUGGUAGCGGAACUAAAGCAAUUUACAGACGAUAUAUUAAUUGAAGCAGGCGCCAGACAAUACCCAACCAAAUAUGGUGUAUUGCGCUAUAGGUAA